UCGACGUUUGGCGUUCGGAGGGAUUCAUCAAAAGUAAGAGUAUUAUCACCUGCGCUGGAUAGUCCAUUCAAAUCUACUGAAGUGCUCGGAAGUGCCUGAACCUUCUGCUAAGCGAGCGCACAGAGUACCGAUUUGCUACACGGCUCCCCUCGAAAGUGUGUGUUUGUGUUAGCGCGUGCAUUUUGGGCCGUGCGUGAACGAAGUCCCACAGUGUGAUACCACGUAGGACACAGACGGACAAGUGUUACCAUCAACAAUCAAAUCGCCGUUCAACCCUAGCCGGAAUCGGAGUCAACAUGCGCUACAUCUUGGUCGUUUUUGCGGCAACCGUCGCGUGCAUCUAUGCACAAAGCUUCAAGUGUCCACCAAAGGACGGUCAAUACGAGGACCCAGUCCAGUGCGACAAGUUCUACGAGUGUGUCGAUGGACGUGCCACCGAGCGACUCUGCCCGGAUGGGCUCGUCUUCGAUCCUACUAUUCGUAAGAUUAACAAGUGCGAUCAGCCCUUCAACGUAGACUGCGGUAACCGUGAAGAGCUGCAACCACCACGCGGCAACAACCUGUGCCCACGACGCAACGGAUUCUUCGCUCAUCCGGAUCCGGCCGUCUGCAACGUGUUCUACAACUGCAUUGAGGGUGAAGCUAACGAAAUCACCUGCACCGCUGGGCUGCACUUCGACGAGUACACGGGCACGUGCGUCUGGCCGAAUGAUGCCGGCCGUCAGGGUUGCAAUCCCGGAGCAAACAAGAAACUGAAGGAUGGAUUCACCUGCCCGAAGGAUCAGAAGACGGACGAGGCCGGACAGGUUGUGGCGCACCCGAAGUACGCCCACCCGACCGACUGCCAGCGGUUUUACGUCUGCCUGAACGGUGUGGAGCCGCGUGAUCUCGGCUGCCAGGUCGGAGAGGUGUACAACGAGGAGACAGAGCGAUGUGACGCACCCGAAAACGUUCCCGGCUGCGAGGACUGGUACAAGGAGAGUGACGAGAAGAAGAACUGAGCUGCCGUCAUUAAAUCCCUCACCCCGAGUUCCCUCGUUCCAGUUGUCCCUCCUAUUCCCCUCGUAAUUCCCACUUUGUAGUUUGUCGUCCAGUAAGAUGAGGAACGCCAAGAAUUUGCAGACUGAUGACACCUUCUCGGAAAUAUCCGACAUUCACCAUACCAGAAUACAGUAAAGAACGAUACAUAAGUUAUCAGGAAAAAAGAAAGAAAAAAGAAGAAGAAGUAAACAACAACAAAAUGGCGACGGUCGCAGAUCGUGCGCGUUGCGAUAUGUCGUUUGUUUCUGAACAACAACAACGGAAAAAAGAAAGCAAAAAGAAGUGCUCUUGUACUAGCGCACGCCAAUGAAAAGACUCAUUACGUUUGUACUUUUGUUUUAAAAUAUGUUAACGAACCCCUCGAAGCUGUACAACCCUCCCUUGUACGAUUUUGUUCUCAAUUUGUUUUGAGCAAUAAUAAAUGAAAAAAUAAAAUAAAAAACAAAAACAAAUGACAGAAAACCUUAA